AGAGGCACAUAAUCGGUUCAGGAACAAUGACCCUACCACAAGACGGAGGGCAGAAAUAGCCUAAGCUACUCUAUCCUUUGGAGAUGUAUUUUAUUGUCUCAAUAAACGUACUUGAACCACAUUAGGGAGGUCUAGGCUGCUUUAUUUUUUUUUUUUUAGGUUCAGCUACUUGGAACAAAAACUUGGAAGUAGCAUAGACUAUAGUGAGCCCGUAGUGGACUUACCUGGCACAGUAGCGGGGCUGUAACUCGAUAAAGUCCAGGCCUGGUGGAGGGUCGUAAUUAUUAAGGUACAGUUAACGGUUCUUAUAACUGACCUUAAGUUAAGAGUCGGGUGUAAGUGUACUACACAACUGAGCUGGCAACACCUCACUGUAUACCCGCUGUGUACACUCCCACACCCAAUACUCUCCCCUCAGUACUUUCAAGACUACAGACUCUCCCGCCCCCCCCCCCAACCCGCGUAGUAAGUAAUCAAACGAAAGUGAAAACUGGAUGACUACGGCGCGUGGGCCGGGUUAAAGGUCACCUAGACCCGCCUCCGGCUCCUCGUCUCGCUCCUGUGCUCUACGACACUGUGUUUAUUCCUGCUCUUGGUCAAAGACGUUUAUCACGAGUAUUGAUGUGUUUGUUUAUACUGUGUGUGUUGCUCCUACACGUGUCACAAGUAUUGUCUUCAACUCUGGAAAAGUGUUCCAUCUAGAGUGAGCCUCCAGACAGCACCACUGUGCCAUCAGUGGUUGUCUGGGGGGAUACAUGAUAGACUAACCAUCUACGGUGACCGUCUGGAUCAUUGUUUUAAUAUUGAAUGGGUCAUGGUGCCGUGAACGACUGAUAGGGUUAUUACACGCUCACAUCAACCAUCUGUGGGGGGGCCUGGAAGAUUAGUCUGUCUAAUCGACCGUCCCGAUAUGAACCAGGUAAGACAGCAACGCUCACCAAGGUCAGCUGGAGGGGUGUCUGCAGUUUACGUCUUCCUAAGAGAUCGGAAGAUUAUUUGAAGGACGAUACCAUCCGUUGCAACCGUCUGGAUUACUUGUGGAGAUGUAUGUCGCCGACUUUGACGGUCUGGAUAUUCCCGGGAAGAUUCCAUCAUACACAGUAUCCGUCUGUAUGAACCCUGGAAGAUUCCAGUGUUCAUAAAUACCGUCUCCUAUUGUUUACACCGUCUACACUCAUCAACAAUGUUCUAACAGUAAAUAUAGGAAUGUUAUUCCAUCCUAUGUUCUUCAAACAAAAUGUUUAACUCGCCUGUGGCUUCUCCGAGACGAUUACGUGUGUGUUAACACCUGGGUUCUCCCGGCUCGGGGACCUCCCUCGUGUAGGGUCACUGCACUAAUCUACUAGAGCGAACACACUUGCAGAAUUCGUCUGGAGGAGCCGGAACACCCCCCACCUAGCAUCCGACAUAGGAGCCCGAGGUGCUUCUAGCAGCCGCCCCAGACUCGCCACCUUCGGGUGAUAGACUGGUUACAAAAACAUGAUCUUGUUCUCGUUCUCUCAUCCUCUUUCCCUUCCCUCCUCGGUGUGGGAGGUGGACCAGUAUAUAGGGCUCGUACACCAGCCUCCCCAGCCACUCUCCUGUUCUCCCUCGUACUACACGCGCCUCUACUCUCCCAGCAUGAAGGUGAUCGUCCUGGUGGUGGCAGGGGUGGUGGCUGUCAGCACGGCUCCCCAGGAAUACACCUACGACGCCCCUGGCCCCGUCUCCUACAACUUCGGGUACACCGUGGAGGCUGUGGACGCCUACAAGCAGCCGCUCCAGUUCGGCCACAGGGAGGACCGCGAGGGCGCCAAGACCAGCGGCGCCUACUACGUCCUCCUGCCCGACACGCGCCUCAUGACCGUCAACUACUACGUCGACGACACCGGUUUCCACCCCACCUACACCUACGAGGGCAAGGCAGUCUUCCCCGAGGCGUACCCUGCAGGCAAGGCAGCUCCGCCCUCACAAGGCAACAGCUACAACCCUCCCAAGGGCAAGUAAGAAGCGUUUAUAUCAUCUGGAAGACACAAACACCUCCUCCACUUAGUUGUGACCUGCACCGAUCUCUGUGCCAGCAACAACAGCCUAGCUCAUCACGUGCAGGUGAAGCUUAACCUUCAGUACGAGAUAUUCUAAAGCAAGUCGUUGAGGAAGAACGAAUAUGUAUUCAUUCAUUAGACUUUCCUUGAUUGUUCAAUGGUCUUGUUGUGGGUUAUAGUGCGCGUUCCUCGUUCCAGGCGCUCCUGGUGGCCCAGUGUGGUCACUCCAUCAUGUAUGAUGUCUCACUCUUGUAUGGUACGUGGCCUUGUAUAGGGUAGCUGGUUAUAUGUUUGGUACUUAGUCAUGUGUACUCAUAUUGGCAUCCUUGGUGAUAUUUAGCGCCCUCUGAUUAUUCAGCACAUUUGAUGGUGCUACACAGCCUUCCCGGUUUGGUGCCUUCUUUGGAUAAUUACUUAUUUAGUCAUGUGUAUGGUACGAGGCCUUGUAUAAGGUACCUGGUUAUAUAUGUAUGGUACUUAGUCAGGUGUAGUGACCAUAUGAAUGGUACUUAGCCAAAUGUAUGGUACUUAGCCAUAUGUGUGGUACGUGGUCAUAUGUAUGAAUACACGUUUGUAAAAUGAAGGAUGGUGCCUACAAUGGCACCAUUGUAUCGUGCCAUAUUGCGUAUUACUGUCAAUUUGUGUUCGAACGUGGUUCGAACACCAAUUUACGGUAAUAAAACGGUUGUUAGUGUGGUGAACCUGUUUGGUAGUUCCUGUCUUCCCACAGGCCCCGUUCACCCUAGGGCCUAACCUUCCUUCCUUCUCACCCUGAGGGUCUGUUCACCCUAGGAGGUGGCAACAGCAGUCGCCGCUGGCACUUCUCACCCUAGUCAUCCUGUACCCUCAUUCCUUUAUUAUAUUGUACAAAUAUUAACGUUUAAACAUUUUAUUGCAUCUUUUUAAUGAAUAAAGAUUUAUUAGA